AAGCCACUAGCUACGAGCUAUCGAUCUCCGCUAUUUACCACAGUUCAAAUCUCUGUCGCUAGCCCACACACUGCACCAUUUCCUCCCUCCAAUCAUUCCGCCUCCUCCUUUCUUCUCGACCUUCUUCGUACGGCGGAACCCCAGCCCUCGCCCUCCUCCGACGGUACCAGCGGACGCGAGGCUCGAGCUAGGUAAGGGGACCAGUUACCAACGCCGGGGGGUUUCUAGGGUUGGCGUUCUACGCGUUCGGUUUCCUUCUUCGGCCGGUGGGGAUGUGAUUUUGAGGCUUCGAAUUGAGAUCCGCGCCGCGCAUUUCGGUUUCUGGUCUGGUUCGGCGCGGCCUUGAUGCGGAUUUCGAUCUCGAGAGGCGAAGGCGAGAGAGAGGGGAGUUUUCCGGCCUUGAUCUGGCGUAGGGACUUAGGGUUCCGCUGCUUGAAUUGUUUUGCAGAAGAUGGGCUCGUGAAAGGGAAUUAGGUUUCUGUUUUUUUGUCCGAUGUGUUUUUUUGGAAGCUUUUAGCUGGGAUGUUGAGAGAGAUCGAGGGGCUUUAAGUGGAGAUUUUGUAUUCCGUCUUGUUGCGGUGGGAUUGAUUGCAUGGGGAACAAGAUAGGGAGGAGGAGGCAGGUGGUGGAUGAGCAGUAUACCAGGCCGCAGCAGGGUCUUUACCAGCAUCGCGACAUUGACCAGAAGAAGUUGAGGAAGCUCAUUCUCGAAUCCAAGUUGGCGCCUUGCUACCCUGGAUGUGACGAAUACGCCCUUGAUUUCGAAGAGUGUCCCAUCUGUUUCCUGUAUUAUCCAAGUCUUAAUCGGUCAAGGUGUUGCAUGAAAGAGAUAUGCACAGAGUGUUUCCUUCAAAUGAACCCACCUGAUGUAACUCGGACAACACAGUGCCCUUUUUGCAAAACGUCAAAUUAUGCAGUCGAAUACCGUGGUAUGAAGACAAAAGAGGAGAAGGGCAUGGAAGAAGUUGAAGAGCAGAAAGUCAUUGAGGCAAAAAUAAGGAUUCAACAGAAGGAAAUUCAAGAUGAAGGUAAAAAACUAAAGAAAAGACAGGAUUCAAACUCAUCAAGACGAAUGAUCAAUGCAGAGCACGAAAUUCAAGAUGAAGCAAAAAGAUUGAAGAAAAGACAAGAUCCAUGCUCAUCAAGCAAAACAAUUGAUCCAGCAGAUGAGUUCUGUAACAUAGUACCAUCUUUCAAACGGUCUACACAAACUAGUGAAAUUGUUCCAUCUCAAAUCUCGUGCUCGGUGCCAGCAGGUCUGCUGCCUUCCCACUAUAGAAACAGGACUGACAAUUUUGACGUGGAUUUUGAUCACAUGAUGGUCAGGGAAGCAAUUUGGCUUUCGAUUCAGGAACAUGGUUAUCAUGGAUAUCCAGCUUAUUUUGGCAACUUCUUUCCAGGGCCAUCCUUUUCAGAAGAACCCUAUCAUUCCCAUGGAAUAGCUCCGGAAGUAUCUUCCUAUGGAGGACUAGCUUGUGCUGCUGCAGCUUUAACUGAGCGUCAGCCCAUUAAUGUCGUAUCCGCCGCUAAUAUGCCUAGCAGCAGUACCUCAGUAUUUGACAUGGUUCACCGGUCAGGCAACUUAUCUGCUGAAAAUAUGAGGCUCGUGCAGACUAAUCCUUCAGGGCAUUGGUCUGAGAUACCACUGCAAAUUGAGAGGGAAUUACAAAGAGGCGACUUGGGGGAGUCUUCGACCGGUUUUUGGUCCAAUAUGACAGAGGCAGGGACCAGUUAUGCUGGUUCUCAUGCUAUGAUGGAUGCAGGAAAUGCACUAAUUCCAUACCCAGACCGAGCUUUAAUGAAUCAAGGAUACUUUGUUCCAGAGAGCUUUGAAGAGCAAAUGAUGAUGGCCAUGUCUGUCUCGCUUGUGGACGCACAAGGAAGGAUGAAUUCACAAGGACUUAUGUGGCCGUAGUGAUUGAAGAAGGAAAUUGUGCCCUCUUUUUUUCUUUUUUUGCUUCUCUAGCCCUUUCCCCUCUUUCUCUCUAUUGGUUUUAUUGUUCUUUCAUUGUUGGUAUCCACUACACUUUAUCAAGAAAACGGUGAAAAAAGGAAAAAGGAAAAAAAGUAUGAAGCUGAUACCACUUUUGAUUAA